AUGGACUGGUCGACGCCAUACUCUCCGCUUCAGCUGCAGCCAGUUGAGAUGCUUCAGAAGCCACCCGACCUCUCCUUCCUCGGUCGACGGACAAUCGCCCCCAGACCUCUGUCAGAAGCCACCGAGAUUUUUGACACCGACAACGAGGACGACCCCGAUUCAAUUCCCAAGCCCUGGGACUCCCAAGAUGACGAUAGUCAAUCAACCUUAUCAUCCAGCCGGGAUGAGCUCCCAACCCCGCCUCACAGCGGUGGCCUCGACGGAUUUGAGUUUCAUUUCGACGACAGAGCAGUGCUGGGUCCACAAGGGCCUCACUUGUUCAGCGGCACGCCUGAGAUCCUUACAAAUCCCGACGACGACGUCUUCCUCAACAUGUCUCCGAUCGUCGAGCCAAAGACUCCUGCUAAACCCAUCAACGCCCUCAACACUGCUGUAGCAGAACUCGACGAGUCUCAAGUUCGGGAUUGGACUCCUCGGCAGGUUGCCGAUUGGAUGGCCGAGGCUGGCUUCGAGCAAGCGGUUGUGGAAAAGUUCCUCAUACACGACAUCUCCGGCAGUGUCUUGAUCGACCUGCAAUUCGAGGAUCUCAAGGAACUUGACAUUAGCUCCUUUGGAAAACGCCAUAGAGUCAUGAGCUCGAUUCACCAACUCCGCAAUAGCAGCAUGAUUUCCCUCGAGACACCACUCUCGAGAACGCCCUCGAGGAACAACAGAAGUCCCAGAGCUGUCCAGCGGGCUGCUCGCCCGGAAGAAUGCCAUGUCGUUGUUGAUCGAUCUCGCUCCCGGAGACGAGCUCGCCAGCCCGAUGUUGUUACGCCUGCAGAGUCCGUCUCCAUUGUUGGGAUCGAGCAGGUGCUCCCCAAAGAGCACAAGUGCUCCAAAGGUGAAGACUGUCCCAAGUGGCAAAAGCAACAACGAAGGAUCCUUCGUAUGCAGCGCGCAUGGGAAGACGACGCCCGCCGACCCGUAUCUGAAGCCCACUCCGAAGCCUUGCCGUCGGUCGUCGGUUCAUCAGACGUUCUUGGACCCUCUUCCGUGAAGAUCACUGCCGAGAGCCUAAGUGGAGUCCAGCCUCGCGACCCUCAGGAGAGCGUCAGGCAGUUUCUCAACUUCCAACACCUCCACACCCCGUCACACUCCAGUAACCCUUCGCCCCCUCCUGCUGCCUCCGCUUCAUUUGCCGCCAAGUCCGCUCAUCUCGCCGAGCACCUCCGUGGUCUUCCCAAACUCACCAUCCCCGUGGGCCAAACUCAAGACGAACUUCCUUCGCGGACACCCAUCUCCGCUCUCCAACAACCCACCCAGAUCCAGGCUCAACUCAAAGCUCAGCUUCAGCGCGAUCCAUAUCACUAUGGCGGCGUUGCAUCUCCGGCUGACAUCUACCGCAUUGAUACCCCCAUGUCAGCCACUGAUCUUCCCGUCACCGCCAUGGCUCCAGACCCUUGCCAACGUGAUGUGUCCCAAUCUGUCCCUCCUGAGAUGCGAUAUGGCGCAACUCCAGCGACAAUUAGCCCCCCUGAACCCAUCCAGCGCUGUGUGUCGACCCAGCCUGUGCCUCCUCGGCGCCAUAUCCGCCAGCAGUCUUUUACGCCCUCUGUGGCUCCCGUCAGGGAAAUCGACUCACUGGAAACUCGUCCCGCGGCGCGAGUGACGGAAAUCGAACUCGCGAAUCACCAAGGUUGGAUGCGGAAGCGGAAAACUACCCGGAUGCUCCGACACGAGUGGCAAGACAAUUAUUGCACGCUGGUCGGCAACAAGCUCACGAUGCACGACACCCACUACGCCAAUGCGAAUGCUCUUGAGGACAUUGAUGUGGACGAGUACACAUUACAUGCCUACGCACAAGCCGCGAGUUCGAAACUCAGCGCCGCCUUUAAGAAGAGCCUCUUGGGCCAGGGCAAGAUUCCCGCUGGCGAUCAGUCAUUCGCCUUCUCCCUGAUCCCCGAUAACGAAAAGGUAAACAAGAAGAUCUUUGACAAGAGCCACAAGUCUCACCACUUCGCGGUUGACAGCUCCAAAGAGCGAAUCGAGUGGAUGAGAAAGCUGAUGCUGGCCAAGGCCAUGAAGAAGAACAACAGCUGUCCGAUUUAA